UCGCGCGAACGCCGGUAACGGAAAUUCUCGACAAACGCAGCGCAACGUCGUUCUCGCGUCGCCGUCGACGUCGGCGUUGUGUCGUCGCCGCAGCAGAAAAUAAAAAUAAAGGAGAAAAACAAAAUUAAGAAAAAAAAAGGAAACAACUGCAUGCGAAAUAAAUCGAAAUAAAAACAUAAUCGCUUUUAUUAAAAUCCGCAACAAAACAAACGAAGCCGAAACGAAGAAAAACACAUCGAAGGAACAACUAAAAGACCCACACACAAUUCACACCUAAAAGACUGCAAUCUGCCUUAACCAGAGGAAAACCAGAAAAAGCCGGAGAAAGGAAACUAUAGAGGAAGUCAUACAGGGUGGGAAAUCGGGUGGAGAAAGCGGGAGAGCAAAAACGCAGGGAGUGAAAAAGAAAGCGGGCAGAUUGACUACAGCACGAACCCGAUCCGGUUCUGAAUCGGUUAAAAACACUGAAACGGUAACAUAAUCAAAAUAUCAAACAUCCAAACAUCACCAUGACUUCGUUCGUCGAGCUGCUGGGACUUUUCCUGCUGCUGAUGCUGCCAUUCCUCUACGAGACCAAUCACAUAUUCCGAUACUACUUCAAAUUCCUGAUGUACUACGGCAUCGUGUCCUUCAACUCGAUCGUCCUCAUCCCGGCCUUCCUCACCCGUCCCUGCGAUGUCCGCAAUCUGCUAUGGGCGAGCACCUGGUGCCAUCGCGUUUCCACGCUGAUCGGCCUGCGCUGGGAGCUGCGCGGCAAGGAGCAUUUGGCCAAGGAUCAGGCCUGCAUCAUUGUGGCCAAUCACCAGAGCUCGCUGGAUGUGCUGGGCAUGUUCAACAUCUGGCAUGUGAUGAACAAGUGCACGGUGGUGGCCAAGCGGGAGCUCUUCUACGCCUGGCCUUUUGGCUUGGCGGCCUGGUUGGCUGGCCUAAUCUUCAUCGAUCGGGUGCGCGGCGAGAAGGCGCGCGAAACGCUGAACGAUGUGAAUCGUCGCAUCAAGAAGCAGCGCAUCAAACUGUGGGUUUUCCCCGAGGGCACGCGUCGCAACACCGGCGAACUGCAUCCGUUCAAGAAGGGCGCCUUUCACAUGGCCAUCGAUCAGCAGAUACCCAUCUUGCCGGUGGUCUUCUCCUCCUACGGCACAUUCCUCAAUGACAAGAAGAAGAUAUUGAAUGCGGGUCGCAUUGUGAUUACCACGCUGCCGCCGGUUAGCACCGAGGGUCUAACCAAGGACGACAUCGAUGUGCUAAUGGAGCGCGUUCGCGCCCAAAUGAUUGAAACCUUCAAGCUGACGUCCGCGGAGGCGUUGCAGCGGUACAAGCCAUUGAAAAAGGGUGGCAUUCCACUCGCCCCAUCAGCAUUAGCAGCAGCAUCAUCUGCAUCAGCCUCCAACGCCACAAAAACUGUGGCUUCUUCGGGAACGUCGGCCACUCCCGUUGCGGAUGCGGCGGUGGCUGCCGCAGCUGCCGUGGCCAGCAAUAGUUCGGCAUACGGUCAGCCGCCGGGCUAUGGAGCCGGUGCCGCCAAGGCCAGCUUGCUCAAGACGCUUUAGACGCGAUGUAGCAUUUUAAUCCUUACACACAGACCCACACCCACACACUCAUAUCCAAAAAUACCAAACACCUCAUGGCGUAGCUGGAGUGUCGCGUUGGGGACUUGCAGAUUAGCUUUAUUUCGGGCCUAUUUGGGAGUUUUAUAAUCUACAGUCGUGCAAUUUUCGUACACGUGCAGUAUUUGUUUAUCAUAUAAUGGGUUCAAGUCCCAACUGUGUUUUCCUAUUAUUUUACUCUAUUUCAUUUUGUAAUUUAUUUCUCCACACGUAUGGUUCAAAGUAUUCUUUAAGUUAUCUCUUAUAUCCCGUAUAAGAAUUUCAAUUUGUUUACAAUUAGACUGCAUUGAUUGAAAAGUUAAAGCUGCUGCUUACUUGUAAAUACCAAAUCCAUGCCACUUUAAACAACGAAAUAACACUUUUAAUUCGCAUAGCCAUAUGGAUUCUGAUAGUGCGCUAGUCUUGUCUGAAAAGGUCAAAUCCCAAAUAGGAAUAAAGUAUACACACUUUUUCAAAUCAUUUUGUAGAUUUCCGCACCUGCAUAAUAGUUUAGUCCCAUCUAAAUGCAUACGAAAUAAGUGUACUUUGAAAGCGAGUUCAUGUGUUUGGCUCCUCACGUUCAACGAUACCGGCUACAGUCCACGCAACAACACUUCACAUCCAAAUAGUUUGACUAAUUCAGGCACCAAAACGAGUAUUAGGAGUAGCUACCACAAAACUGCGACCCUCGACUGUCAGACUCUAUUUUUUUCUUAGGCAACACAUACCAAAAAACACAUACCAACUAACAAACAAACCAAAAACAUCAACUCUACGCUACACCCUGCAACAGGAAUCGAAGAACUUGGCCAACUCGAAACGGCUUGGAUUAUAUUGUGGGUCUAAUUGGGCACUGUUAAAAUCCAAGCCAUUUUGGUAAGGUUUUUAAGCAACCCAGAUUACGAUAAUUCCAUGAUAUCCUUUGAUUCUGUUGCCGCGUGUACUUGCUAGUUGAUAACACCAAAUAAUAUAAAUUUAAUAAUAAAUAAAUAUCUAAACAUACACUGUGAAUGACUAAUCUUGCAAACGACAUUACACACACUAUGUAGGGCGAAUUCUGGUUGAUUUUGAAACCACACGUAUUUUACUUUUACAAGACAUUCCCUAACUAGAUUAGGGUACCCAUAAAAAAAAGGAAUGUAUGCCUUUAUUCGCUUGUAAUUGAAUCCGGAGAGGAAUCAACUUACUUUUUAUCUUAUAUCACCUCAUGGCAUCUAAGGAAUUUAAGGGAUCUUUAAAACUAACAGCUAACAACUAACACCUAACACCUAUUUGUGUAUUGUAUUCAAGUGUAUUGUGAAUUGUGUACCAUCUGUGUGGUAAAGUGUUAACUUAACUUUGUAAAUACUAUGCGGUUUACUUUAACGACAAAUCAAAAGCGAUAGGGCGCAGGAAGGCAAAAGGAAACAAUUAAAUACAAGUAUAAUAAAUAUUUUUUUCAAAUA